AUGCCACUUACUUGUAGUGAAGAGGAGCCGAGAGAUUUUGGAGAAGUUGAAGAUAUCAAUUUCCAGCAAAUUAAAAACAAGGCAGCAAAGAUUGGUUUCGCAGAUGGAGUCGCCGACGGCAGGGAUAGUGUUUUUCAAAAAGGAUUCGAUUUAGGCUACAAGGAUGGUUUUCGUACCAGCUUUGAAAUUGAAAAGUUCCGCAAUUUCUUCAAAAAUAUAAACGAAGAUAAAUUUGAAGCAGGCAAUUUGUUACUCCUUGAAAAGAACAAGUUCGAAAAGAUGGAUCUGAAGGCAUCAACCUCUCCCGAUCACUUCCAAUAUACCAAAUAUAAAGAUGAACCUCUCACGGUUAUUUCACAAAAACAAAAUGAUUAUAUGGACAAAGUAAUCGCCGAAUGUAAAGAAACUUUGCCGAAUGCCACAGCUUUAUUAAUGACGACGAGCCAAGCAGCAGAGGAGAAUAGUACAAAUUCUAUCUAA